AUGCCCGACUCGGUGCACUCAGUCGGAAAGGAAGACGAGAAGAUUGAUGUCGCGCACAUCGACCAUGGCGUCGAUGCCGCGACCGUCCUCGCGGCGGCGCGCAUGGCCGACCCAGGCCCCGGAUGGAGCGACCCUAGGUGGUACAAUUUCAUGGCCAUUGUGACCAUUGCGUGUGCUGCGUCCGCCGACGUCGGCUUUGACGGCACUAUCAUCGGAAGCGUGAACAGCAUGGACACGUUCCACAAGUACUUCGGACUCCAGGACGCGCUCACGGGCACCAACAUUGUGUUCGGCAUCUACACGGUCGGCAUGGUUGUCGCAUUCUUCCCCUCGAUCAUCAUCCCGGACUGGAUCGGCCGUCGCUGGGCCAUGUUCUUCGGCAAUGCUCUCCUGAUCAUGGGCUGCUUCAUCAACGGCUACGCCAAGAACAUGGACUGGCUGCUUGCGGGCCGCUUCUUUGUCGGUCUCGGCGGCACCCUCGCCGGAACAGCUGCCAAGGUGUACCUUGCCGAGGUGUCUUCUCCCUGGAACCGUGGAUUCGUGCUCGGCCUGUCCAACUGCUGCUGGUACGUCGGCAACAUUGUUGCGACUGGCGUGGCGAUCCCGUACGGCCCCCGCAACGACGACUCGAGCUGGCGCGUCCCCUUCCUGCUCCAGAUGACCUUUGCGGCCGUCAACUUCCUCUUCAUCAUGCUGUGCCCCGAGUCGCCCCGCUGGCUCUACGCCCGCGGCAAGAAGGAGCAGGCGGCGCGCAUCCUCGCCAACCUGCACUCGCGCGACGACGACGUCAACUCGCCCCUCGUCCAGCUCACCAUGACCGAGAUCGAGGAGAACGUCAAGCAGGACGGUGCCGACAAGCGCUGGUGGGACUUCCGCCCCAUCUGGCGCACCCGCGGCGACCGCUACCGUUUCGGUCUCUGUGUCAUUGUCGCGUGCUGGGGCCAGCUGUCCGGUAACGGCAUGGUGAGCUACUUCAUGCCGUCUCUCCUGAAGGAGGCGGGCAUCACGAGCGGCAACGAGCAGCGCACCCUCACCCUCGUCUCGAGCGUUGUCGCCAUGAUCGGCGCCAUGAGCGGCGCCGCGUGCAUCGACUACGUCGGCCGUCGGCCGCUCAUGCUCGGCUCUGAGAUCUGGGCCGCGUGCUGUCUCGGCAUCAUUGCCGGUCUUGUACAGCCGAACGGCGUGCAGAACAACGCCCGCUCCAAGGCCGGUAUCGCGUUUAUCAUGCUCUGGAACGUCUUUUUCUCCUUCGGUUGGACGCCGCUGCAGGGCCUGUAUCCCGCCGAAAUCCUCAGCUACGAGGUGCGCGCCAAGGGUCUCGCGCUGCAGGGCUGGUGCGCCGCCGUCUUCUCCCUCAUCAACACCUUCGGUAUCCCGGACGCCAUGAAGGCCCUCGGAUGGAAGGUCUACCUUAUCUUCAUGUGCUGGGACGUCGUUGGAUGCGUGGUCAUCUGGCUCUUUGUCGUUGAGACCAAGCAGCUCUCGCUCGAGGAGCUCGACGACGUCUUCGAGGCGCCCUACCCCAAGGCUCGCAGUGUCGAGCUUCGCCGCGAGGCCAAGCUUCGCGCCAGGGAGCACAGGGAGGCCGAGGGCGCCCUCCAGCUCCAGCCCGCGCAGAUCAACGCGUGA